AUGCAUCGCAUCCAAACAUGUGAAUUGACAAAUCUGUCCCUGCCCAAGUGCCCAGGGCCUCUUUCCUUCUCCACAUUCUUCAUUCUCUCCACGCAUGGCCUUCCGUCUCGGACAUUAAACUCUCAGACCAAACUCCGGAAAAAAAAAAAAAAAAAGCUUCAACCUCAUCUUCUUCCAUUAAUUACAUUGUUAUUCUGCUCAUGCUGGAUUCUUGACGGUGUCGUUUCGGAGCCCCAGACCCAUUUUUUGAACCGAGGUUGCAACCCGUACGCCGAAUUCCUCGUGUCCAACGUCACCCUCUUCGGUGAAAACAUAAAAGCAUCGUUGCGAGACAUCAGAGAGCAGAUCGGUGACCAAAACACGCACUUCGCGACUGCGCAGCAAGCCGGCGCCAGUGGUGGAAACACCGUCUCCACUCUUUUCCAAUGCAGAAGCUACCUCUCCAUCGCCGACUGUGUCGCCUGCUUCGACGUCGCUGCCCCUCAAAUUUUCAGCUGCGCCGCCGGGGACCUCGGUGGCCAUGUCGUCUACGACGGGUGCUACCUCAGGUACGACAUUAGUAGCGCUUUCUUUGGCGACACGACCCAGUCCGUGAAUAGUGCAUCAUGUGGGAGUCAAACUACUGAAGAACCAGCUACUGUAUUCACCUCAGCUGUGCAUCAAGUGCUCAUGAAUCUGCAAACAGCAACACCCAGAAUCACUGCCUUCUCUGCAGCCACAAAGACGCAAGUGUCUGAUAAUGGUGCAACCAUUUAUGCAUUUGCUCAAUGUAUUCAAACUAUCACAUCAAGUAAGUGCGAGGAUUGCUUGAAUGCUCAGUACAACAAUAUGCAGACUUGUCUUCCCAAUUCAGAUGGUAGGGCUUAUGCUAAUGGCUGUUUCUUGAGAUAUUCCACCACUUCUUUCUUUCCUGAUAACCAGACCAUUGAUAUCACUACUCCUUUCUUCCAACAAGGUUCAAGCAAUAAGGGAGCCAUUAUAGGUGGGCUUGUUGGAAGCGUGGUAGCUCUUGCUUUGAUCUUUAUUGCAUUAUUUGUCUUGAUUAGACAACGAAGAAAAAGGCCUCAGAGGGUUCCAAGAGGAGACAUAAUUGGAGCGAGCAAGUUGAAAGGCCCAACUGUUUACAAUUAUAAGGAUUUGAAGACUGCAACCAAGAAUUUCAGUCAAGAAAAUAAGCUAGGAGAAGGAGGAUUUGGUGUUGUGUAUAAGGGCACUUUGAAGAAUGGAAAAGAAGUUGCAGUCAAGAAGUUAACAUUUCGCCACUUAUUCACAAGGAUGGAGGAGGACUUUGAAAGUGAAGUGAAGCUUAUAAAUAAUGUUCAUCAUCGGAAUCUUACAUUAUCAUAUUAUCAAUUACAUAUUGCACUUGUUAGGGGAUAUACUGCACCUGAAUAUGCAAUUCAUGGCCAACUAUCAGAAAAGGCUGAUGUUUUCAGCUAUGGCAUUAUUGUUUUAGAAAUGAUCAGUGGUCAAAGAAGUGAAGAAUUGAAGAUCCAUGGCAAUGAUGAAGGCGAGUUCCUCCUUCAAAAAAGAGGAAUCCAUUCAGAGCUGGUGGAUAAAACCUUAGACCCAAAUGACUUUGAUGUAGAAGAAGUGAAGAAAGUGAUAGAGAUUGGUUUGCUUUGCACUCAAGCACAUGCUGACAUAAAGCCAACGAUGUCAGAAGUAGUUGUUUUGCUUCAAAACAUGGCCUUACCAGAGAACAUAAAACCCACCAUGCCUCUCUUGAUUGAAGCUACUUAA